UCAAAAUCUCAAUGACCGCCCCAUUAUAACAGACAAUGUUGCACACUGACCCGAGGAUUUAGCGAAGAGGCACCACAUUCACAGCUUCAGCUCCAGCAUCAGAUCCAAACACACACAGAUCGGGUCAGUUUGUGCGCGAGCUCCGGAUCAAACUAAUGGACUUAUAGCCGAGUAACGGAGAGAGAGAGAGAGAGAUCGCGCAUCUGUGAGGAAAGGCUGAUGGAUGGAGCGAGGGACCAGUAUGAGGAACGAUUGAAAGAGGUCUUUGAGAGUUUUGAUGGCAGUGGUUUGGGCUCUCUGAGUCCUGAAGAACUGACCGAUCUCUGCCGGGCCCUUCAGCUGGAGGAGAACACACUGAACACACUCUUACACACACUGCUGGAGGACCAGAUCCAUGCACGGGUUGAUUUUGAACAGUUUAAGGAUGCACUGAUCCUUGUGUUAUCAAGCACAAACACAAGCGAUCCAGAAGAAUGUCUUGAACGACCAGAUUCCCCAGAAGUCCAGCCACGCUUUGUAAAGGGCAGUAAGCGCUAUGGCCGACGCUCUGCUCCAGAGUUCAUUCAUACGCAGACUGAUUCACACACACUGGCUGAAGAUGAGGAGCGGAAGGAUGAAGAUGCUCAAGAGAGCGAUGACAGGACUGUACCCAGGAAACGUGAGCGCUGGAAUGCUGACAUAAGCAUUUCUGAAGAGUUUGAAGCAGAAGGUCAGCUGCACCUCUGGAACCCAGAUGAACCCAGCACACCACGUGGCAAUGCAGUGCCACUCUGUGACCUGGAGGAGCAUUUGCAUAACGCUUGCCAUCAGCUCUCUCUGCCCAUAAACGGCACGGCCACACUGCAACAGCUACACACACUCUGCCAGCACAUAGGCAUUGAGGUGGGCGAGGAUCAGUUGCAGUGUACUGAUGAAAACGCAAUGGAUGUACAGGAGUUCAUCUCAUGCAUAAUAAACCACAGCAAACCACCCACACCGUCAGUAUCUACACCCUACAGACAAUUAAAGAGACUCCAUUCCACUCAGUUUGAUGAGUCGGGCCGUAGGAUCUCAUGUGCUUUGAGCAGUACAAUCAGUCUGCGGGUGUUUUCAGAUUUAGAUGAUGGAUCGGGACACGCUCCUGUGGAAUCUCUGCUUUACAGGUGGAUGGAAGAGGGAGUGGACAAAAGCUCAGAGAUCUUACAGGCUCUGGAUUUUAAUGUGGAAGGUAAAGUGAAUCUGUCAGAGCUGACCGUUGCUUUAGAGAAUGAGCUGCUGUGCACUAAGAACUCAAUCCACCAGGCGGCGCUAGUGAGCUUUAAGGCAGAAAUCAGACAUCUGCUUGAGUGUGUUGACCUGGAAAGGCGUGAGAAGGAGAGGAUUCGCUUUGAUCUGGACAAAGCAGAGAAACUGAAAUCUCAGCUGGCGUCUGAAGUCGACGACCACCAUGCUGCCAUUGAGCGCAAUAACGAACUCAACCUCCGGAAAUUGGAGCAGCAAUAUAAAGACAGUAUGACCACUCUGAGGGCAGAGCUUAGUAAAGAGGUGGAGCUUGUGCAGCAGCAGGCCAAUCAGCAGCGAGAUGAGCUUGAACAGGAAAUUGGCAAGAUGAGAAAUGAUGAAACCUUCCUACGAGAGCAUCUAUCUCUCACCAUUAAAGAAAAUGGUCGUCUGGAGUCAGAGCUUAUUGAGACCACAGAGAAACUGGUCGAGGCAGAAAACCAGUUGAACAAAGUGCAAAAAAAUCUGGAUGGUGUUUUGAAAGAGAAGUUUGGUGAUUUGGAUCCAGACAGUGCAGAGUUUUACCAGCAGGAGGAGCGUCAGAGACAGCUGCGCAGGAGCUACGAGGAGCAGUGCAGGGAGUUGCAGGAUCGUAUAGAUGAGCUGGAAGCUCAGCUGGAGGAAUAUCAGACUUCUGGCCACACACCCUCAAAACGUCCCGGACUGAGCCUGUCUGAUGAACUGGCCAGCAAGAGUCCAGACCCAGGUUCUCAGGAGCAGCAGCCAUUAAACAUGAGUCUAGAGACGGAGAUGUUACUGGAGCAGCACCAACGAGAGAUAGAAAACAUCAGGGCAAUGGUUUAUGAAGAAAAACGCAGUGCAGAGGAGGAGAGGAGUCAUCUCUACCUGCAGCACCAACAGGAGGUGCAGGUUUUGAGGGAAGAGCUUGCAAGAGAACAAGAGAGUGUGAACCGAUUGGAGCAGGAAAUUUCUGCCCUCAAGACUCUCCACCAACAGGAGCUUCACUCUCUCACGCAGGAGGCGCAGGAUGCCAGAAGCCAUGCAGAGCAGCUGGAAGCAAAGGUGAAUGUUUUGGAGGAAAAACAGUCUGCCUAUGAGGAGCAGAUAAGAGUGCAAGCUGAGGAGGUGAAUUUGAUGGAAUUAAAGCACCGGGAGGUGCUGGAGGCCAAUCUGCAGGAGCAGAGAGAAAGACUGCAAGAAGAGAAGGAAAAGGAGGAGAAGAGGCUCAAGGAGCAGUGGAAAGAAGAGCAAAAGAGCCAUGAGGAGGUGCUAAGUGCUCAGCUUGAGGAGAUGCAGCAUAAAACAGAACAGGAGUGUGUUGAGCUGGAAAAGAGGCUCAGGGAGGAGUGGGAGUGGGAGAGGCAGGAUUUAGAGGAGAACAGUAAGGAGGCAUUGCAAGCUUUGCUGGAGGAGAGAGAGCGGAGGCUCAAGGAGGAAUGGGAGCGGGAGAGGCAGGAGCUAGAGGAGAUCAGUAAGGAGGCACUGAAGGCCUUGCUUGAGGAGAGGUUUGAGAGGGAGAGGAGGCUCAGGCAACAGUGGGAUGAGGAGCGGGAUUCUUUAGAGAACAAACAUCACGCUUUGCUCCUACAGCGUUUGGAGGAGGAGAGGGAAAGCCUCCACUCACAGCAGGAGGAGACUGAGAGCAUUAUAAUGGAGCAUUGGGGGAGAGAGCGGGCUCAGCUGGAGAAACAGCAUGAGGGAGCACUUCAAGCCUGUUUGAAGCAGGAAAGAGAGCGACUGCAAGUAGAGAGAGAGGAGCAGGAGAGGAGGUGGCAGCAGGUGCUGAACGAGGAGCAAAGCCAGAUGGAGGUGGCGCACAGGGAGGCCAUGCGGGAGCUGAGUGCCAAACACAGGGAGGAGAGAGAAAGACUCAGCAGCCUUUUGGAGAAACUACGCUCAGAUAUUGCUGAACAGAGGAGUGAAGUUUGUCGACUGGCUAAAGAGAACAUCAUUCUGAGGCACAAGAUCUCGACAGUAAGAGAGGAGGACUUGAGAGAGAACCAGGAUGACCUGCGAUUACAUCACAUCAAGCAAGGGAAGAGAUCCGUACAAGCUCUUAGGAGACAGCUCUCUGAGCCUCGCCGCCUGGGACAGCAGCUAGAGGAGAAGAAUUUUUUAUUACAGCAGAAUGCAGAUCAUGUACUUCGACAUGCGCUCCAGGAAAUGAUACGUCAACAUGACAGCUCAGCCAAUGAGAAGAAUGGGUUGUGUGACCGGGAGGAGAUUGUCUCCAGAACAGAAAAGGAACUGCUUAGAUCGGAACUCAAUCGGUGCAUAGAAAAGGUCAUGUCACUGGAUUCAUCUUUACAGACAGUCACUCAGCAGAACGCUCAUCUCAAAUCUGACCUACGCAUCACACAGCAAGAAAGAGAUGCACUUAAACAGGAAGUGAUUUCUUUGCACAAACAAUUGCAAGCUGCCAAUGAGAAGUUGUUGGAGGUUUCCGUUGUGUCUGCUGGUCAGCAACAAGGGAGGCGUGUGUGGGCGGGGCUUUCUGAGCUGAUGGAGGCGGAGCAUGCCUCACUUACAGAGGAGAACCUACAACUCAAGCGACAGAUGAACGAGAUGAGUUCAGAGCUGCAGUCGUCAAAGGAGCAGAUCUGCCAGCUGGAGGCAUUAAGUUUGAAACAGAGAGGACUUGUGAAAUCUGCAGAAAAAGAAAAAUCAGCCUUGAAACGUCAAAUGGAGGCUCUGCAUGUACAGCUACUGUCAACAAAGAAUAAGGCUCAGCUGGCUGCAGUCUUGCCUUCAUCUCCUCUACAUUUGCCAGGGGAACAGAGAGGAAAGUACCAUAGCGACGGCCCAGACUUCAACAUGCAGGUGUAAGAACUGUGACAUCAUCAAUAACAGAAGAAUUGCAACCUGUGAGAUCACCUCCCCUUUGAACUCUGAUCUUUAGUCUAUAUGGUACAAUCACAGAAUCACUCCUGCCAGAUUUGGUUGUUCUUGUUUGGGUCAAUGUAGCUUUGCUGCUGGUAAUGACCUGAAUCUGCCACAAGGCAGCAUCAUGCUGCAUGUAUGCUGGCUGUGAGUUGUUUCCUCUUUGGUCCAGAUGCUGCCACACAUGGAGUAAAAUAGGAUUUUGACAUCAAUACCAUUUAAGGGCAGUACAAUCUAUGAUUAUGAAUUGAUUUUAAGAUCAUAAGACAUUUAAAUAAGCAGUAUUGUUUUAUUUGUUUUUAAGUUUGCACUGUUAUGCCAUCACAGUUUUAACAUGUGAUCCUGCACUUCAGUUGUAAUGGAUGAUUGUUCUGAGAUAAAUCUGUAUUGUUUCAUUUUAUUUUUUGUUUAGUUUAAUUGUAUUUAUUUAAACUUCAAUCCAUUGCUUAUCUACCUCUAAAUUGUUUUAUUGGACAUUUUGCAUCACUGAUUUAUAAUAAAUGAAUGGUGUUUAUUCAUUCAUUUAAUUUACAGAUUUUAUUAUUAGCUGAAUUCUGUUGGAUUUUUUACUGUUUAAAUGUGUUAUGUCCCUUAUUGAUGUGAAUGUGUUUUUAGAUAUAAAACAGAUCAAAUAAACUAUUAGGUGAAAUAUUUUGUGUACUGCAUUUAAGUUUAAUAAUAAUAAAAAGCUUUCUCUUAA